UAAAAAUAAUUCAUGUGAUUUUAAAACAAAGCUUUAAAAGUGCAAUAUAGACUAUAUAAAAAAUAGAAAUACGUUGGCGUUCAUUUUGCGCUUUUUGGUUGGGAAUAAGAGGGUAUAAAGCCUGGGGAGAAUGGUUUUUUAUACCACUCGUUAAGUUCAUUGAACACUGUACUACGGUGCUUUCGACUACUGGGGUCAGGGUACAAUGGUAACCGUUUCAUCAGCCUCCCCAACUGCCCCGACCCUGUUCCCUCUGAUGCAAUGUGGCUCUGGGGCCGGAGAUAUGCUGACUCUAGGUUGCAUUGCCACUGGCUUUACGCCUGCCUCCCUCACCUUCAAAUGGAAGGACACCGACGAGAGUGCCUUGACUGACUUUGUCCAGUACCCCGUGGUCCAGACCGGUGAAAAGAACAUGGGAGUCAGUCAGCUCCUCGUAAAGAGAUCAGACUGGGAUCAGAUGAAGACUUUCAAAUGUGCCGUGGAACAUUCAGCUGGCUCAAAGGAAGUUAUAUUACAGAAACCAGUGCAGCGGGUCAUUCCUCCAAAAAUCACCCUAAAUCCUCUCUGGGAGGAAGUGGAAGGAGGAUCGAAGGUGGGAAUCCUCUGCAUCCUGAGUGGGUUCUACCCCGACGAGCUGAGUGUGGAGUGGCUGCUGGAUGGCAAGGCUCUGACCAACUCUCCAGUCCAGCGGAAGCUACAGAGUGUAGAAGGUGAGGAGAAAACUUUCAGCCUGAGCAGCCAGCUGGAGCUGGACCGGAGCCAAUGGACUCAAGGGUCAGAGGUCACAUGCAAGGCCACCCACAAUGCAGCACAAGGACCACCUACAGGACCACCAGUCUGUAGGACCACCAGCAUUUGCUCAGCGUUUCACUCGUCUACUCCAUACAUCCACCUGGAGACCCCCAGAUUCAGGACAGUGAUGACACAGACUGAGGUAACAGCUACAUGUGUGGUCCACUCUGCGUAUGAUGCCAAAGUGACCUGGCUUCUGGAUGGAAAAGACCCAACCAGCAGGACCCCAGUAAACCAGGCCAGCAGCACAACUCAGAGUAUCAGCAGUAACCUGACUCUUCCCUCAAGCCAAUGGAAAACCCUGAACACAAUAACAUGCAGAGCUGAACAUCGCUGCUUCAAGCCCACACAGAAGACCAGUAAUGUUAAAGGACCUGCAGUGAGCAGCACUCCCACAGUGCUGAUCAGGAGGUCUCUCCCAGACUUACUGAAUGGAGACAGUGCUGUGCUGGAGUGUGCCAUCACACAUCUAUCCUCCAGUGACCUCUACGUCACCUUUCAGGCCAAUGGGGUUGAUUUCCCUGAGAAACAGUAUGUGGAUCUGCCUGCCUCCAAAGACCACCAUUCACUCACCAGACGCUUCUCUGUCCCCACAUCACACUGGAAAACACACUGCAAUUUCACCUGUAAAGUAAACCAAGGCUUCUCCAACAGCUGGGUGUCAAACUCCACAGGAAAGCUUUUUGGUGAACCGUCCAUGGAGCUCCUUCUAGCUCCCAGUGAGGAAACGUCAGGCUCAGGGACCCAGAAACUCAUAUGUUCUGGGUGGGGCUUCAACCCUCUGAUCAAGUGGCUCUCUGGGUUUGAACAGAGGACUGCAGCAGCCUAUGAGAUUAUGAUGGGGGAAGACGAACGUGUGGCAGUAACCAGUCAUAUCACAGUAACACAGCAGGAGUGGAAUCAGGGGAAGGACUUCACCUGUGAGGUCGUCGACAAGUAUCUUCAGAAAGAGGAUGUUCAGAAAGUCAGGAAGAGCAUCAAUAGAUGUGCAGUGACUCCAAUAUCAUCUCAGAAAGUUGGGGUUUACCUACAGGGACCCACUCUUCAGAAGUUGAGUACAGAUGGACAGGUGCCUGUCACCUGCCUGCUGGUGGGUCCCAGCCUUGAGGACUUUUCUGUUAGUUGGAAGGUGGAUGGGGUUGUGGCUUCCCAAGGUGGAGUCAGAUGGGCCCCCAAGGACCAUUCCAAUGGGACACAGACUGUGCAGAUCAUGUUUAACGUGUCUGCGAGGGACUGGCAUGCACACAAAAGUGUGUUGUGUGAGGUGAAGCACCGCUGCUCCAGCCAAGCCCAGGAGGAGCAUAUCACCAAAUGCAGAGAUCCCAAGCCACCCUCGAUAAAGAUAGUGAGACCAUCAGAUUCUGAUCUAUUGGGGUCAAAUAAUGCCACACUGCUUUGCUUAGUGUCUGGGUUCUUCCCCUCUGAUGUAAUAGUGAAUUGGGAGAAGUCUGGCAGUCGCCUACCUUUAUCUCACUACUCCACUAGUCCUUCAGUCCUUUAUUCAGGGAGAAGCACCUACGCCAUGAACAGUAGACUCAUCGUGCCUAGGUCCGAGUGGAAUCAGGACUCCAAUUACUCCUGUGUUGUCAGACACGAGUCGUCCGAGAGACCUAUCACAAGCACAAUAGAGAAUGUAUUUGCCUCAGUGACUCCCACUGCACCAACAGCCACCCUGCUCCAGGGUCCCAGUGAGCUCGUCUGCCUGGUGUUUGGCUUCAGCCCUUCACACAUCAACAUCACCUGGCUGCUGGACGACACAACAGAGCUGUGGAACCACAACACUAGCACCCCCUACAGGGCACCAGGGGGAAAGUUCAUCAUCAGGAGCCACCUGAGCCUGGCGCCCCAGGACUGGGCACCGGGGGCUGUUUACACAUGCAGGGUGACCCACACCACGCAGACUCUGGCCCUGAACAUAUCCAAACAAGAGCUCCUUGAGGUGAAGGGUGUGUUCUUUGACGAGAACAGGUCUGAUCCCAUCCUGGCGGACACUGCAGAGGAGAACUGGAACAUGGCCUGCAUCUUCCUGGUCCUCUUCCUCAUCUCCCUCCUCUACAGCAUCACAGUCACUCUGGUCAAGACAAAAUGAUGACUUCAGGACACUUCCAUAUGAUGGAUCCCUAGGAGUUCAACUGGAAAUAAAACAAUUUAUUUCAACCUUUUCUUAUAUAAUCACAACAUAUUUCUUUAUAACAUUGCAUAGAUUGAAUUACUUACGGUCUCCUGUAGCAGGUUUGAUGACAGAGAAGUGUUUGGGGUUUUUUCCCCCACAAAGACAGACAAUGUUGUGGUGCGCUUACUUGCUCUCAUCUCUUGUUAAUGCAUUAUAGAAUCUUCGAGCAGAGAUAAACAUUUAUGUUUAACCACUAUUAAAUAAAACAUACUCAUGCCAUUACUCUCUAUGAUGAAGUGUUUAGACACCAGUUAUUGCUGAAUUAUCUGCUGAUAAUAAAACAUUAUUUCAAACGA